AUGUUGGCCUACUACAUGACAGAAGCCCCUCCGUUCAACAUCAAAGGCAAAGAUAACAUUGGAAUUUAUUUGUGUCCACUAGGAAAUGACAUUGGCCACCCAAUAAACGAAUCAGCGCAUCCGGAAACAGUCUAUUUCAAACAGAUUGUCGCAAACUGGACUAAAAUUGUCAAAUACGUCCAUCUUUACGAAUAUCACACGAAUUUUUGGGUUCCGUUGCAUUUGACACCGAAUUAUUGGAUGGUUGGUAGAAACAUUCAAUACUACGCUUCUUUAGGAGUAUAUGGAUAUAUGGCUGAAGACAAAAUGCUUUGGACAAGGACUCCUCCAACAAGACUGGCUCAACACACUGAUUUCACUUAUUUCAGACAAUAUGUCAUGUCAAAAAUGAUGUUUUAUCCAAAUAGACCUGUUUUAUACUACGAAGAUGACUUCUUGUAUGGUUUCUACGGAGCAGGAGCUGCAGCAUAUGUUAGAAGGUUCCUUAAUGUAACAAAAGAAGUUGCUGAUCUUCAUCCUGAAGCAUAUAUUAAUUGUCUUGGCGGAGAAAUACAAGGAUUCCAAACAAAUAACUAUAAUUAUUACGCGUAUUGGUUAUGGGGUAAAGCUGUUGAAAAAGCGAAAGAAACAGGCUCUGAAAAACAAAUAUUUAAUACAAUGAUGGCAGAACUUCCAUCAGCAAAUACAAUUAUUACUAUGGAAUCGAGAAUGAAAUGGCCAUUGGUUGUUGAUGAAGAAGGAAAAAUAAGAUUUAAAGGUUCUAAAAUCAAAGAAUGCGCCAUAAAAAUCUUGGAAAGAUGUAAAGAUCCUUAUUACGUUGAUAACUAUACUAAAGGUAUUUGUUCUGUUACAAGAGAUCUUAAUGCAAAUGCCGCUAAAGUUUAUCAGAAUUUGGCAUUUUGGAGGGAUUCAAAUCCAGCAGUUAUAAUGAAAUCAGGAAAUCUUAAAGCUAUUUCUGGUGAAAACCCUGCUUAUGGAAGAAUUUUCUCUUUCACGAAAGGAAAUACUGAAUUUGUAGAUAAUAUUGAAGGUAUUGAUUUCUGUAUGUAUGAUUCAUUUAAGAUUACUUAUCAUAUUAAUUAUGAUAUGAAAACAGGAACAAAAACAGAUAAAACUGCAGCAUUUAGUUUCGAUUCGAAUGAUAUGAAAAUGGAAAAAACUUACACAUUAAAUGAUAAUUCAUUAACAAUGAAUUGUAAGUUUACUAAUAAAAAAGGAAGUGUUUUCCAGUCAAGACCAACUUUCUCUAUUAAUCUUGAUUUAGGAGAUAGUACAGAUAUCUUUUAUAAACUUGGAAAUGGAAACUGGGAAAGACCAGUUAUUGAUGAAGUUGCAACAUACGUGAAUCACUUCGGUAAACAGACAGGUUCACAAUCAACAUUAUCAAUUUGCAGUGGAAAGACAAAGAGAGGAAUGAAAUUUGACUUUUCCGCUCAAAAGAUUUCAUUUUUCUCUGUUUGUUUGAACAAAUCCUCCAAGUUUGUUAAAGUUUAUAUUGGCGCAGAAUUCGUUCAAGUUAAUUCUAAUGCAGCUUAUGAUAGUUUCUUAACAUUGACAACAUUAGAAAGUAUUAGUAAUUUACCAUCAACACCAAUGCCAAACUUAGAAACUCCAGGCAAAAUUGUUCAUUUCUAUCCAUUGUAUUACAUUAAUGUUGGUUUCCAAAAUUGGCAACCAACAAAUGACGCGAUGUCUUUCGUUGGAAUUUCGGCAUCUUCUUUAUCAGGAGUUCCAGGUAAAAGUAGUAGGCUAUCCUUUAGAGUCUGUCAAAAUCUUCCAGAAGUAUUUGGAUUGCAUGGAACAUGGAUGAAUAUGACAUUUAGAUCAAGAUGCACAGAAAGAAAUAUGAGUCAACAAUGGCCAUGGUGGAGUGGAUACACAAAACAAGGUAAAGAUAAUUACCAAGGAUCUGAAACAUGGAUGGUUCCAAAGAAUGAUGUUUACUUUUAUAUACCUUUGAGGGAAAUGAAGAAUGCUACUUCUGAUAUCAAUGUUUGGCUUGAAUGCACUACAGUUUGCAAGAGAUUUUGGUCAGAUGGCUUCAAAUUGGAACAAAGAACAGAUUCAUCAGCAUACUAUGGAUACCCUGAUACGAAUUUCAAGUUCAAUGAUGAUCUAGAACCAAUGAAGGAGCCAAAUAUGACUGAAUACAUGCAAAAUGCAGGAAUAUCUAUUAUUGAAACAAGUUCAAAUGAAACAAAUACAACUGAAACUGAUGAAAAAUCAGAGUCAAAUAAGAAAUCUAAAGCUGGAGUAAUUGCUGGAUCUAUAAUUGGUGCUUUAGUUGUUAUUGGUGUCAUUGUUGCUGUUGUAUUUGUUAUCAUGGUAAAACGCGGUGAAAAAUCUGAUUCAGACAAAGACGUUGUAAUGAAAGAAAUAAUGGUUUGA